UCGAUUUGUCACGCCGUAGGGGACCGCAUGGAGAGUACACUCUUCACUACUCUCUCUCUCUCUCUUUCUCUCUCUAAUGGUGGCAGGCAGAGCAGACGGAGCUCAACUUUGCUGUGCAGCGGCGGGCCAAUGAUGGACAAUACAUACGUCGGCAUACUGCAUCGCUGCUUUAAUCAUGGCGGUGGGAGCAUCCAGGUGAUGGCGAUCAUAGGCCCCACCAUCCUCCGGCCCUCCCGAUUCCUUUCUCCGAUUUCUUAAUCCCCACCUCUCUGUACGGAUCGCGUAACCCUAGGCGAAGCGUGGGGUUGAGACGAAUAAUCAAUUUUAGCUGGAGCUAUGAUUUGCGUGGGCGCCAUGUGAGUGGAUUCAAGCAAUCAUUUUUCCCACCAUUUCGAUUAUACCCCCCUGCUUCGGAUGCUUUCUCCGGGAUUCUUCGCAUAUAUAAGUAGCUGCUUGCAGGUGUAAUAUACAUUCAAGGAUUGUGUUUGGGGUCUGUGACAAGAAAACUGGGAUCCAUUGCAGACCAAAACAUGGGCAGCAAUCUCAAGAACUUUGUUGUAGCUCUCCUAGUCCCUCUGCCCUCCAUAGUUUUCUACCUCUCGUUCCUCAAGCACUUUGAGCACAUAGCAAAUGCCGGUGGUGGUGCCGAUGAAAGUUUUAUUUCUUCUAUAUGGGCAUGGUGCUUUCACCACCCGCUCUUGUUGGCUAAUGUUCUGUUCUUCUUCAAUGUCAAUGUCCUCUUCUGGGUCAUCGGUCAUCUCCAAAACAGCCAUUGGAUGAUAGAUUUGUACUGGACAGUGAUUCCAGUCAUGCUGGUUCACUACUACGCCACACACCCUUUGGCUCAGUACAAUUUGUGGAGAUCUAAGAUUGUGAUCCUGCUGACAUGGGUUUGGGCUAUGAGGCUGAACCAUAACUAUCUCCGGCGAGAAAAGUGGCAUUGGGGUGCCAGAGAAGACUGGAGAUUCACCGACAUGCGAGCACAGUAUGGCAGGCACUGGUGGUGGAUCUCCUUCUUCGCUGUCUAUGUCGCGCAACAGGUAUUCUUGAUAGGAGUGUGCCUUCCCCUGCAUGUUGUCCACUCAGUGGACAAGCCUCUAAAUGUUUGGGACUUUGUAGCCAUUCUAGUGGCGAUUUCCGGCAUUACUGUGGCUUACUUCGCGGAUACACAGCUUCACGAUUUCGUAACUCGAAAUGAAAAGAUGAAAGAACUAGGGAAGCCGGUGGUGCUCAUCCUCGACGAGGCUUUGUGGCGUUACUCAAGGCACCCAAACUACUUCGGGGAGCUGCUGUGGUGGUGGGGACUAGUGAUCUUUGCUUGGAACCUGGGACAGGGUUGGACUUUUGUUGGGUCACUGAUCAACACCAUGUGCCUGGCUUACGUGACUGGGCUUGUCGAACAGAGGAUGUUAAAGCAGAGCCACAGAGCCGAAGCUUAUAGGCUUUAUCAGAAGACAACCUCGGUCUGGGUUCCUUGGUUCAAGGCAUCAGACGGGCUGGGAAAAGAGAAGACCACUUGAUCCGGUAUGGUUGGUUCUGUUUUCCCUAUUCAGGAGUAGUUGCCCUUAAUUCUUAUGUGUCAGUUGCCUGGGUAUCACGUUUUUCUGAUGUAUCGACGUGCCCCGAUCUUGAGCUUGUUCAUCUGUUUAAGUGGGUGGAUUUGAUUUGUAUGUGGCUCUGAUUAGAUUUUCAUGUCAAAUGUAGCACUUGCACUUCUGAACUUCUAUUUGGAAAUUGUAAAGGUUUACUUAUGAAUCAUCUAAUGUCUGGCACCAUGCCAUCUUCAAUCUC